AACUGAUACACCACAAAAAGCAAACAAUGGCAUCGACCUCAACCAUGACCGCCAUCUCCGUGGAAGGGGAUAACGCAAUUGCCCCCGCUUAUGAAGUUAGGCUGCAGCUUGAUCCACUUGCCGUCUUGGACGCGGGCCGCAAUCUCAAAAGCAAUGUCCUGUCCGCACUUGGGCUACCUGCAACCGCCACGCAGAUGAACGUGGGGUUCCUCGACACGAGCUGUACUGAAAUCUACAACGCGGGAUGGUGUGUCCGAGUCUGCCGAGUUGAGUGCUCAUCUGGCUUGAAGCUCACGUAUGAGAGAUGGUCCGACAUCACUGGAGAGGCCAUUGAUGAGGCGCUUACUGCCGCAAAUGAGAGGGGUUUCAAGCUGAACGAGAAAGACCACGAGAUCCAGGUCAUAUGGGGUCAUAGGACACAGACACUCGCAAUACGCUGCAACAAAGAGGCCGGACCGACGGAUGGUACGGGCGUGGACUUGCCGAGCACAAGAGACGCGCGCAGACUACUAAGGGAGCAGGCUCCUGACCAGUUCGACAAUUGGGGCUGCAAGAAAUGGGGGACCACAACGCUGGCAGCAACAAGAUUCUUUGGGCCAGUCAUGGUCGGACGCUCGAUUGGCGACUGGGAGGGGAUGGAGCUGCAAGUCGAGGUAUGGCACGUCCUGGACGCCGAAGGGACCGGGCUCGAGUGUAUCGUGGAGGCGUCUUUCGAGACUGACGACCGCGUGACGGCUGCAAACGAGGGAACGCGGCUCCAACAAUUCCUGACGGGCAAGGGCUGGUUCCUAGCGGAAGACUCGUCGAAGACGCAGCUCAUCAUGGAGCGCUAUGGUUGCUUUCCCGGGCUGGAGAACACGGAUCUGAAGGAAUGCUGAUUGUCCUCAUGAGACCGGCUUGGGGGCGAUUGUCAUGCAUGCCUAGUAGCAUGCGAGUACCCUCU